AUGCUCUUCCACGGCAACCCCUACCUCAUCCAAGGCUUCAACACGUUUCUGCCGCCCGGGUACCGCAUAGAGCUCAACAACGACCACACCGACACGAUCACCGUGACCACCCCCAUGGGCCAAAUGACCCAGCGAACUACGAUGUACGGUAUACCCACUACCCUUGCGCGCGAGCCCGGCGGCACCCCCGGCGUUGCCCCUCCGUACUCCCAGCCGCCGUUCGGGCUCGCGCCUCCUCCAGUCCUCCCCGUCGGGAUCGGGAGCGGCUCGCGCCCCGUUACGCCGAUCCCUAUACACAACCACCCGCCUCCGCACCUCGGCGCAGAAAUGCAGGGCAUGCGCCAUCUUCUCUCGCACUCGCCGGGGCUGCAGAGCAGGCGCGAAGAGAAUAGCGCGGUGUCGAUGCUGAACAGCCUGAACGCGCGGCAGACGGACAAGCAGCCGAGUGGCGAGUUCCACCACGCGAUCAACUAUCUGAACAAGAUCAAGCUUCGAUACCAGGACGAUCCGGAGACGUACAAGCAGUUCCUCGAGAUACUGCAAACGUACCAGAAAGAGCAGAAGCACGUGCAGGAUCAAACGCAGGUGUACGCGCAGGUGCAGAUGUUGUUCAAGGACGCGCCCGAUCUUAUGGACGAGUUCAAGGACUUCCUACCGGAGGCGACGGGGCCGGCUGCGCAUCUCCAGGGCGUCGUGGGUAUAUUGCCUCAGCCGACGGCCGGCCCUCGUAUCCCGGGGUCCUUCACAACACACGAGGCUCCGCAACCAACCGAGAAGAGUACGAAGACACAAAGCAGGCGACGAAAGCGCCCAGAAAAGGAGCCGGCAGCCCCUCCAAAGGGCCCUGGUGGUCGGGCUGUGAAGCGGGCGAAGACUACCCAGAAACCAGACACCGCGUCUCCCAAGUUCUCGCCAUACCAAGGACCCCCGCACUCUCCGCAACCCGUCAAUGUACACGUCCACCCCGCGAUGGCUGCGCCCAUGCACCCACCCGGGCCACAUCCCAUCCGUCCAGCGAGCGUCGGUCCCGGCCCACCGGUACCCACUGCUAACGAGGAGUUCAACUUUUUCGACCGCGCGAAGAAGGCGCUGGAGCAUGGCGGGAGUUACGACGAGUUCCUCAAGCUUCUCAAUUUAUUCUCGCGCGACAUCGUCAGCACGAGAACGCUCAUUGAUCGGGCGGAGGUAUUCUUGGGCGACGGCGACCUCAUGGCCCAAUUCAAGGACCUCCUGAGCUGGGACGAUAGGCUUGGGAACCGCGACGAGGGCCCUCCAGGAAGUCUGCGCACCGGCGCCCCCGAUUAUUACACGGCGCGGCCGCCUGAUGACGGCCAAGGUCCUAGCUACCGACGGCUACCUGACAGUGAGGUGCGGCUUGCGUGCUCGGGGCGCGACCAGCUCUGCUGGUCGGUGCUGAACGACAAAUGGGUGUCGCACCCGACGUGGGCGUCCGAGGAGGCCGGGUUCAUGACACACAAGAAGAACUCGUUCGAGGACACGCUGCACAAGAGCGAAGAGGAGCGGCACGAGUUCCAGGUGCACAUCGAGGCGCUCACGCGCACGAUCGCGGUGCUAGAGCCGCUAGAGGCGCGCAUCGACGGGAUGGGCCCCGAAGAGCGCGCCGCGUUCCGGCUGAAGCCGAACCUGGGCGGGAUGUCGCGCACGGUGUACGAGCGCAUCAUCAAGCGGAUUUACGGGUACGACGCGGGGAACGAGGUCCUGCGUGCGCUACAGGAGACACCCGCUGUGGCGGUUCCGGUCGUGCUCACACGUCUGCGACGCAAGGACGAGGAGUGGCGGCGAGCGCAGCGCGAGUGGAACCGGACAUGGCGCGAGGUCGAUGCGAAGAACUUUUACAAGGCGCUCGACCACCAGGGUAUCGCGUUCAAGCAGAGCGACAAGAAGGGGAUCACUGCGAAGAGCUUCGUGUUCGAGAUCGAGAGCGCGAAGGCGGCGCAGAUGAAGGAGCGCGACCGGGAGGCGUCGAACAGCGGGUCGUCGACGUCCGGCGGGAUGCCGAUGCGCUCGCUCGGCUACCAGCUCGAGUACGCGUUUGAGGACGCCGGCGUGCUCCUCGACGCCGUAAAGCUCGUCUUCUCGUUCCUCGACCACUCGCCACAACACUACAGCCCGGCGGAACGACGCGGAAUUGAGCGGUUCCUCCGGUCAUUUAUUCCCUCCUUGUUCAUGUUCCCACCGCAGGAGUUCAACAACGCCUGUGGACCUCUGGCGCCGGGCCACGACGAUGACUCCGCCGAGGACGCGGCGUCUCCACCCGCCGGUGAGGACGACGGCAGCGUCGUGAAAGCCGCUGAGGACGAUACGGCAUCGGUGCCACAGCAAGAAGGUGUUUCGGCAACAGACCUACGGACACGCCUGCUCAAGACGGCACAGGAGAAGACACAGGAUGGCGACAGCGGCUCAUCGAUGGACACCCACUCGACGUCGCCGGCCGCGAGCGACAACAGCCUGAAAGGGGAUGGUGCUUCGGGCUCCGCUACGGCGCACCCGGCAGGUGCGCGCGCACCAGAAGGCCGCACUAAUCCCGAGGAUAUCUGGGUGAGGGAACUGAAGGCGAGCGGGGCCCUGGGCGCAGGCGAGACGCCGCUUGUACGACGCCCCUUCUUUGCGGGCACGACGUUCUAUACAUUGCUGCGCCUGCUGCAGCUAUUGUACUCGCGCCUCCUGGUCUGCAAGGAGCUCGGUGCGCAGGCGGCGGCGGAGAAGCACGCGUCAUUGCUCGCGAACCCGAUCGCGGUCAAGCUCGGGUUGGACGAGCCCAGCGGGCCGUCGGUCGUAUUGCAGGCGGCGAUGGAGGCGUUCGGGGACGGGCGGGGCGGGGAAGAGCCCAACGUGCUAUAUCUGUACCUUCUGGACGCGUGGGAGAAGGUCUUCGAGAACGAGCUGGACCAGGCGACGUUUGAGGAGCAUAUGCGGUGGUUUUUCCGCACCAAGGCUUACAACGUCUUUACGCUGGACAGGGUCAUCGGGGCGAUCAUCAAGCAGGUUCAAACCGUGCUUGCGGACCACAAGUGCCAGGAGCUGUGGUACCUGCUGCGUCAGGCGCGGGGCGCGGAGAGGGCGCCGACGACACAGGACACGAUCCGAUAUCGACGCGAGGCGGAGGGGCACGUCGGAUCGGACGAAAAGCUGUAUAGGCUGGACUGGGAUGCUACGGAGAAGAAGUUGCGGAUGCAGCUGAUGGGCCCUGAGGACCCGACCGUGGACGAAGACGAGAGCUGCGAGGGCCGGUGGCGGGGGUACGUCGCGUCGUACGUGAUGGUGCAUGCGUCCGAAUGGGUGCCUAGCGCGAGCAGCUGUGGGCCGGCGUUCUUGAAACGGAACGUGCAGGACGGCGGGGAGGAGGGCGUCAGGGACGGAGUGGUGCGGGAGACAAGGGGGCUGGGGGUGCAGAUACGGCGGGGGAGCUACAAGCUGGCGUACGAGGCGGGGACGGAGGACGCGCUCUGGCGGACGCGCGGGCGGGAGCGGGCGCGCUGGCUGGGGGAGCGGGCAGGCUUGCGAGAAGAAGAGCGACGGCGGCUGUUCAGUCGGGUGCUUAGCCGGUGA